AUGGACAUCGGCGGCCUCACCACCGUGGUGGCCAACUCGGCGUACAUCUCGGCCCGUGGCAGUUUCGAUGGCACGGGAAACCCUGCGGCCAACCGAGACAAGAAAUACCGUGCCAAACUCAAACUGCCCCACAUCACGGUGUGCGAAGGUCUGAGCGAGACUCUAGAUCUGCAGUUCAAGAGCAUCUGUGUGGAGCAGCCCAUCGGCAAACGCCUGUUUCAGGAGUUCCUGGAGACCACCAAUGAGUACAAGGGGCCGUGUCGCCUCUGGAAGGACAUCGAGGAGUACGACACCGCCGAGGAUAAAGACCGAACCCACAAGGCUGGUAAAAUCCUCCAGCGUUACAUGGAGCCCUCGGCGAAGCUCUUCUGUCCGUUUUUACCCGAGAAUGACAUUACCAAGGUGAAGGAGCGGCACCAGGAGGCGGCGGACGACCUGUUUGUCGAGAUCCUGAGCAGCGUGUUCGACUUCCUCAAGGAGGUUCCCUUCACGUUCUAUCUGGAGAACAUGUACUUCAAACGCUUUCUGCAGUGGAAGUGGCUGGAGAUGCAGCCGGUGGGGGAGGACUGGUUCGUGGACUUUCGCGUUUUGGGAAAAGGUGGAUUUGGGGAGGUGUCCGCCUGUCAGAUGAAGGGCACAGGAAAGCUGUACGCCUGUAAGAAGCUCAACAAGAAGAGGUUGAAGAAGAGGAAAGGCUAUGAGGGUGCCAUGGUGGAGAAACGCAUUCUGGCUCGCGUUCACAGUAGAUUCAUCGUGUCGUUGGCUUACGCCUUCCAGACCAAGACUGAGCUCUGCCUGGUCAUGACUAUCAUGAAUGGAGGAGAUCUCAGGUAUCAUAUCUAUAACGUAGAUGAGAAUAAUCCAGGAUUCUCCGAAACGAGAGCUUGUUAUUACGCUGCUCAGAUCAUCCAGGGAAUGGAGCAUCUUCACCAGAAACGAAUCAUCUACAGAGACCUGAAGCCCGAGAACGUUCUUCUGGAUAAUGAAGGUAAUGUGCGUAUCUCUGACCUUGGUUUAGCUGUUGAACUUGCAGACGGCCAGGACAAAACGAAAGGUUACGCUGGGACUCCAGGCUUUAUGGCCCCAGAACUGCUGAAGAGUGAAGAAUAUGAUUAUUCUGUAGAUUAUUUCACACUGGGAGUCACGCUGUACGAGUUCAUCGCCGCUAAAGGACCUUUCAGAACUCGAGGAGAGAAGGUGGAGAACAAAGAGGUGAAGAAACGAAUCCUCAAUGACCCUGUAACCUAUCCGGAGAGCUUCAGUGAAAACGCCAAGUCCAUCUGUGAGGGUCUUCUGGCUAAAGAUGUGAACAAUAGGUUGGGCUUCAAGAACGGCACGUGUGAUGAGCUGAAAUCCCAUCCGUUCUUCAGCGAGAUCAACUGGAGGAAACUCGACGCAGGAAUUCUACCGCCUCCUUUUGUACCCGAUUCCAAGACUGUUUAUGCCAAAGAUUUGGAUGAUGUCGGAGCGUUCUCCACUGUGAAGGGUGUCGGGCUGGAAGAUAAUGACAAGAACUUCUUCGAUGAGUUCGCCUCAGGAAACAUCUCCAUCCCAUGGCAGGAAGAGAUGAUCGAGACGGGCAUUUACGGCGAGCUGAACAUAUGGGGACCGGGGGGCACCGUUCCCAAUGACCUCAGACGGGAAUCCAUUUUGGAGCAGCCGCCCAAGUCCUCCACGUGUAGCAUAUCAUAA